AUGAAUCGAUCAGGCUCUCUGGCGUUUCAUCCACCUCCAUGUGAUUCUGAGCGUGAGAGAAUCCAGGAAUUGUCGAGGUAUCGCGCCACCCCCCCUUUCCCACCCCUCCCCCGCACCGCUAACGCGAACAUUGAACACAGGUACUAUUGCACCGUAGAUCAACCGGUCGCAGAGGCAACCUCAGACACCGCGCAAAAUGAAGCUCCCACCGGAGAUGAACAGCCGACGGCGUCCGUCCUGUCCUCAGAUAUUACACUCAACGCCCUAGCCCAACUCGGAGUGUAUCGCUUAGGAUGCAAUCGUUCCUUUGUCUCGAUCAUCGACCGCGAUAGCCAAUUUAUCAUUGCCGAAGCAACCAAAUCUGUCUCCCUUCGUCACACGGAUCAGCACCUCCCGGAUGAUGGCGUAUACCUUGGAGCUCGGAGGCUAGAUCUGGAAUGGGGGGUGUGCCCUCACACAAUUCGCCUAUUCACCAGCCAAGAUCUCUCAUACGCAAUCGAUACCGCCAAUAUAACAGCCAACCAGUCUCGCUACAUCAUUCGAGACUUCAGAGAGGAAGACUGUUUCAAGGACCGGCCGUAUGUUCGAGAAUGGCCGCAUAUGCGAUUUUACGCCGAAGUUCCUUUGUUCAGUCCCUCAGGAUAUGUGCUUGGGUCAUAUUGCGUUGUCGAUGAUAGCCCGCGUGAGGAGUUUGGAGAUGCAGAGGUAGCUUUACUACAGGAGGUUUCGGAUGCGAUCGGCCUUCAUCUUGAAAACACCCGUUCCGUGCAUUAUCAUCGCCGCGCCGAAGACCUGGUCAAAGGAUUAACCAGCUUUGUUAAAGACUACGCAGAGUUUGAUCCUCGCCAAGUUUCGAGUGAUCACCGCCUCCAGUCAACUACUCAGAAUUUUAACUCCCAUUGUGGUCUAGCCGAUGGCUUGGCCGAACAGCGACCGAUCACUAUCUCGUUACCUGACAGAAGCAAGGAGAACGAUGGCCCCACUGCGCAUUCAUCCUUAACAACUCCUUCAGAGGAGCCAGCUUCGCUCUUUUCCCCCUUGUCGGCUUCAGGCAAUACGGAACACACCUCUAUCGAGUCCCAAGUAUCAGACUGUCAGUCUCUCAGUCCGGGUGACGAAAGAUCACUCGAUGAAGCCUUGAAUCCUAAGCCGAGUCAUAAUGCACCUCCUCUGGAUACGAUGUUUUCUGUAACCGAGAAAGUCCCAAUUGCCGAUCGGAUAGACGCAAUAUUCGACCGCGCCAGUGGGCUUUUGACGACGUCUAUGAAUCUGGAUGGUGUAGCCUUUCUCGAUGCGGCCCACUGCAAUGCUUCAUUCCUCCCUCCUGAGGAGCAAGGCAGCUGGGAGCCACUUCCAAAGCGUGCUGGCUCAGACCCAACAGCGCCAGACCCAUCAUAUCCAUUAGACAUCCCAACGCAUGAGGUCAAUACGACGUGUAAAGUUCUCGGAUCAUCUGUAAAGACCCAGGCUGGAGAUCUCCCGAAUGGUUCCAUUACUGUUCCGGAGAUGCUACUCAAUGUUUUGGUCACACAUUUCCCCCAUGGGCAAAUCUUCGAGAUUCCGGAGGGAUUCUCAGGUGAUCAAUCCCAAGCUAAUUCGGAUCCUUUCUUACCACCCCGAAAUUAUGAAAUGGUUUUGCAGCAUCUGGCCUGGAUCCUUCCAGGUGCCACAUCUGUCCUAUUCUGCCCACUAUGGGACUACCACAAGUCCCGAUGGAUGGCGGGAACUCUGGUAUGGACUCGAGAUAAUCACCGCCCUCUAGAGCCGGAUGAGUUGAACUAUUUCAAAGUCUUCGGUGACUCUAUUGUCUCGGAGAUUGCUCGUAUUAGCUGGAGUACCACCGAGAAGUCCAAGUUUGAUUUCAUUUCUUCCAUCAGCCAUGAGCUCCGCUCGCCUUUACAUGGAAUAUUGGCAAGUGCUGAGUUGCUAACUACCACUUUAUUGGAACCUGUUCAGGGGGAAAUGAUUAAAAUGAUCGAGUCGUCCGGUCACACCCUACUAGAUACGACUGAUCAGCUGUUGGCAUUUUGCAAGAUAAACAACUCAGCACUUAGGACCAAACGCCGAAAAGAACAGCUUAUGCCGCCUGAAGUCCCUGAUCUAGUCUCUGACUUUGACCUCGGGGAAUUGAUCGAGGAGGUUGCCGACAUUCUAUAUACUGGUCAAACAGCUUCUUCCUCUGCACCAGCCAGUGCAAGCAAUCCUCUAACCGACCAAACUACCGAGAACGGUAGUCCCUCCAGAAUGUCGGUCAUUGUGCGCGUUGAGCAAUCCUCCUCCUGGAAUAUUCGAUCCCAAGCCGGUGCAUGGCGGAGAAUAGUGAUGAACCUCCUCGGCAAUUCAAUCAAGUGGACCAACACCGGCUUUGUCGAAGUCUCGCUGUCGCAAUCCAAAAGCCAGCCAGAUUCACAGUCCCUUUUAACACAUCUUUCGGUCACCGACACGGGUACCGGAAUUGCGUCCGAAUUUUUACAGCACAAAUUGUUUUCUGCAUUUACUCAAGAGGAUCAUCUGGACGAGGGGGUGGGGCUUGGGCUCAGCAUCGUUCGCCUUCUUGUGACUUCGCUUGGCGGCAACAUCACUGUAAAGAGCGAGCCAGGCAUCGGGACCCAAGUGGAUGUGUACAUUCCGGUUCAAAGCGUUACAGUAUCUAGCAGUACUGAUGGGCUUGGGUCAGUUAUUCAGCAACCAUCCACACCGCAUCUUCACGCUUGUUUGGUCGAUUUCAACGGAUACCCUGAUUUGACAGAAGCGCCAACUGGAUUGCUCACUGCAGAAUCAAAGCGCAAAAUCUCAAUACAGAGUAAUUUGGCCGAUGUUUUCAUGUCUCGAUUUGGUUGGGGUGUUUCCUUGGUGGAAAGUCUUGACAAAGUCCAGGGUGACAUUGCCGUUAUCGAGGAAGCUACACUGCAAGCGGCUACAAAUGGCACGCAGUCACUGGAGAACUUCGUCUCUGAAUCUGGGAUCAAGUUCUUUAUCAUCCUCGGGAAGAAGAAUUCUGCAUGGCGCAACACUGCAGGGUCCAAUUGUCUCUGGUUAUCUGAACCUUUUGGACCACUAAAAAUCUACCGUGCAGUUCAGGGCAUUUUGGAAUCUCAUAUAUCCCAACUUCGACUGCCAGAUCAAUCCACGUCGCCCUCGGUUACCUCAGAGCCUGAGCAAUCAGUGUCGGUCUUGUGUUCUGCGACCGAGAGCCAGGUAGAAGAGAUUGACACAACACCCAAGGCAUCUAUCGAAGUUGUCACUCCAUCUUUACCACCUGUCGAUACCAUUUCCUCAAAUGAGCCAAAGCCAGCACAUGUUCUUAUUGUCGAUGAUAAUGAGAUUAACGUGAAGAUCAUGGCAACUUUCCUGCGCAAAAUCGGGUGCAGUUUUGAAACAGCUUCCAACGGACUGAUAGCACUGGAAAAUUACAUGGCAUCCAGCAAGCCUUACGAUUUUGUUCUGAUGGAUAUCUCAAUGCCCGUCAUGGAUGGCCUUGUCUCCACCCAAAAGAUCCGCCAAUACGAAAAGGAGACAGGCCUCGACCCUUCUUGCAUCAUGGCUGUCACUGGCGUCGCUUCUGAUGCCAUGCAUCAGCAGGCCCUGACAGCAGGGAUCAACGACUAUCUAAUCAAGCCACUGUCGCUUCGCAAUCUUAAAACUGUUAUGGGAAUUGCUUGA